AAAUGGUCAAACACUCCAUUGCAGCGCUACCUGAUGUGCAUAUGUGUUGUCAAAGAAUCUUCCUCAUUUGCUGUUAAUUUAUUCAGGGAAAGUAAAGGAUAACAAACUGAGACUCCCUGGAGGGAAAAUGGAUGCCGAACAACGAAGUCCAGAUGAAAGACUUGAUUACACAAAUGAUUAUUAUUAUAACAGCAAUGACUCGGUGGAUACAGAUGAAGUAUGCGAUCUGGGAACCGUUCAAUUUAGACUGGUCUUAGUUCCAGUAUUCUUCUCUGCUGUGGUGAUAGUCAGUAUCCUCGGCAACAUAUUAGUGAUGGUCCUUUUGGCUAAAUAUGAAAAUCUCCGCUCUCUCACUAAUGCAUUGAUCCUGAACCUGGCCGUGUCAGAUCUGAUUUUCACUGUUGGUUUACCCUUCUGGGCCUACUACCACUUGUAUGGUUGGAAUCUAGGGGAGACGGCUUGCAAAAUAGUUUCUUUUAUUUUCUAUGUGGGCUUCUACAGCAGCGGUAUCCUCCUCAUCUUGAUGACUGUUCAUCGCUACGUGUCCGUCAUGAGGCCUCUGUCGGACCUCGUGACCUCCAGGGGUUACGUCGGUGUCCUGGCCUCUGUGUUCAUCUGGACCCUGGGCUUCUUGGCCGCCUUGCCGGCCUUGUUAUUUACCAGUGUGAAUGAAAACAUGUGCGAGUAUGCGGAUGCAUACUGGAAGGACUUUGGCAUCUACCAGCAAAACAUAAUGUUCUUAGUGACUGUGGUGAUCUUCUGCUUUUGUUAUGCUCAGAUCCUCUGCAGACUAAUGCACUCCCGUGCACAGAGAAGGAGGCACAGGACUCUCAAGCUAAUCUCCACUCUUGUUAUGGUUUUCUUUGUGGGCUGGGCACCAUACAAUGUUCUCAUAUUUCUACGAUCUGUAAGAGAGAUUAAGGAUUGCGAAGACUACAAAAGAUUGGGCUAUGCAUUUUACAUCAGCCGGAUGUUGGCUUAUUCGCACUGUUGCCUCAAUCCUGUGUUCUAUGUGUUUGUUGGGGUUAAGUAUAAGAAUCACAUGAAGAGAAUGCUGAGAGGUUGGGAGGGAGAGAGAGACAUCGACUGCUUGCCAUGAAGCUAUUAGCCAACAGUGACAUUGAGGAAACACCAUUGGACCCUAAUCUUCUCAUGGGGCGCAGUUUCAUCGACAACCAAAACGGGACAGAAUCUUUUUAUUUAGUUCCUGAUAGAUCUAAAAUAUUGUGUGGAGCAAUGAUUUACGUCAUUUUCAUCCUCAGUAUCAUAGGAAAUACGCUCCUCUUCCAUGCUCUUUUCUGCAACAUGAACGUGAAGAAUGUCACCAACAUGUAUUUCCUCCACCUUGCCUGCUCGGAUGUAGCCUUAACAAUCGCCCUGCCGUUCGCAGCCACUGGGCUGAUCAACGGUUGGUCCUUUAGUGAAUUAAUCUGUAAGCUUGUUGUAAGUUUAUAUUACUGUGGGAUGACCUCAAGUAUCAUACUAUUGACCGCCAUAUCAGUGGAUCAGUUCAGCACUGUUGUCAUCCAGAAUGGUUGCAUCGUCCCAGUGAAGAGACGAAGGUGUGCCAUCGGAGCCUGUACGGUGACCUGGAUGGUCAGCCUGGCUGUGGUUGUCCCUUGCCCCUUCUAUUCAAAGGUAGUGAGGCUAGAGGAUGAAGCUAUGUGUUUUUCUCACCAAAUUCACGCCUUUUUUUCUCUGCUCUCAAUCUGCUUGUUUGCCGUCAUUGUGUUCUGCUAUUCGGCAAUUCUCUGGACCACGGUGAGGGCUUCAACCAGAAAGAAGCUCAGGACUGCAUCCCUCGCAUUAUGUAUAUCUGUAGCCUUCUUUGUUUGCUGGGCUCCUCAUACUAUAUUGAUGAAAACAAGUUCCAAGGAGUUGGAUUUGAAGCAAACAUUUGCAUAUCAUGUCACGUUUAUAGUGUCUCUUUCUCAUUGUUGUAUCAAUCCCAUGAUCUAUAUGAUGUCACAGAAGUACCGUAAACAUGUACAGAGUGUCUUUUGUUGUGAAAAGGUGCACACAAAGAGAUAGAGAUAGAGUUAAUUAUCGUAAUGUUUAAUGGGAAUGCAGGGUGUGAAUGCAUGGUAUAUUGUAUAUGGAGUGGCAUGCUAUUCUUUUAUGGCCAAUGUGGUCAUUGUUGUGCAAAUAUUAUUAACCUGCGAAUGUAUGCAUACAAAGAUUGUUGCUUGAUGUUUUAAUAAAAUAAGAAAUCCUA